AGCAGCAGCAGCAACAACAGCAGCAACAGCAGCAGCAGCAGCAACAGCGACAAUCAAGUGACGACAACGCUACACAAGCCAAGCGAAAACAAAAAUCCAGCAAGUGAAAACUCACUUUUAAACUAAACCACAUUGAAAGCAAUACACACAGCAACCGAGUGACAGAGAGAGGGGGAGAGUGAGAGAGACAGCGAGAUUGUGUGUGUGAGAGAGAGAGAGAGGGGCAAAAAUAUAAAGCCAAAUCUAGAUUGUGUGUAUGACAACGAGCCCAACUCCUUCGGUUGGUGGUGGCCAACAACGCCAAAGCAAGUUGGCAAGUUGGCAAUCAUUGGUGAGUUUCCUUCCAGACGAGAAACGUUGACAACGAAAGACGCGGGGCAUAAACCAGAAACCGCUGCUGCAACUGCAACUGCAACUGGAACUGGUAUAUCGACGAGUGCAUCCGACCUGACCACAGAUACAAAUAACACACUCAAGCACCACACACACACACACACGCACACACACCAAUGUACUCCGCUGUCGAUUAUUACGCGGGAAUGGGACAAAUCUCUCAAGAUUGUGCCGCAACAGAUUUUGAUAUGGAUGAUCUCGAUGAGUGUGAUCAAGUGACGCAAGUGAUUGGCUAUCAUCCGCGCUAUCGUGAUCAUUUUCUGCACACGCAGAACUUUAUUAUGAAAGGUGAUGGACCUUUGCCAUAUUCUUAUAGAUACUAUUUGGCCAUAAUUGCAGCCGCACGUCAUCAGUGCCCCUAUCUGGUGAAGCGCUACGAGAAGGAAUUCAUUGAUCAGGGCGGCAACAGCGAAUGGCUGAAUGGCUUGGACUAUAUACCCGCCAAAUUACGUGCCAUAUACGAUAUAAAUAAAAUAUUAGCACAUCGUCCCUGGCUUUUGCGCAAGGAGCACGUUGAGCGUCUGACCAAAGGCAAAAAUAGCUGGUCCCUGUCGGAGGUGGUGCAUGCAAUGGUCUUGCUAUCGCAUUUUCAUUCACUAUCCUCAUUUGUGUUCUCCUGCGGUCUCACACAAAAGCUCGAUGGAUUGUCUAGUCCCAAAAUGAAAGGUGCACCGGUGUCAUUGCCACUGCCAUUGCCAUUGCCAACGCAGUCGCCAAUACCACAGCAACUUGUGCUGCCCCAGCUGGAUGAUGCACGACAGACCACCAGUCCCAUCCAUCAGCAACAGCAGCAGCAACAACAGCAGCAGCAGCAGCAGCAACAGCAAAAAAAUGUUCUUGGUGAAAUAUCCUUGAACAACGGCAGCAGCAGCAGCAGCAACGGAAGCAACAGCAGCAGCAGCAGCAGCGAUAGCAAUACAAAGCCAGAUUUCAAUAAUACAAUGGACAAAAACAAUGGCAAUGGCGGCCGAGGCAGUGCAGCCAACAACAGUUUUGGCCAAUACUAUUUGAGCAGCGCACAGCAACAGCCGCAGCAACUUGGCAUCUCCGUGGAGACGUUGAUGGAGCGCAUGAAGGUGCUCUCCCAGAACCAGGACGAGUGCAGCGAGGCCGAGCUGAGCAAUCGUUUCAAGAGUGUCGAACUGCAAACAGCCGAAUUGGCUGCAUCGACUCCAGCACCAGUUGUCGCAUUGCCACCAAUAAUCUCACACUAUGUGGACGAUGCUAGCUUUACGUAUCAGGAUUUUGCACGACGCGGUGCCGAGAAUAUUAACACAUUUCGCAUACAGGACUAUUCAUGGGAGGAUCAUGGCUAUUCUCUGGUGGAUGGCUUGUACAACGAUGUGGGCACCUUUUUGGAUGAAAAGUUUCGGGCCGCGUACAAUUUAACGUAUUUCACAAUGGGCGGCAUUAAGAAUGUGGACACAUCGAAGUUUCGUCGCGCCAUCUGGAAUUAUAUACAAUGCAUUUUUGGCAUACGACACGACGAUUACGAUUACGGUGAAGUCAAUCAGCUGCUCGUGCGUCCGUUGAAAAUGUUUAUAAAGACAGCCUGCUGCUUUCCUGAGCGCAUUACCACCAAGGAUUAUGAUAGUGUGCUCGUCGAGUUACAGGAUAGCGAAAAGGUUCAUGUUAAUCUAAUGAUAAUGGAGGCCCGUAAUCAGGCCGAAUUACUCUAUGCUUUGCGCGAGAUAAUGCGCUAUAUGACUUGAUCUCAUUAAGUGAUUAAAGAUAUAUAUAUAUAUAUAUAUAUAUACAUACAUAUAUACACACAUAAAUAUACAAACACAUACACACAUAAAAACAAGAACACGCAUGCAUACACAAUAUAAAUAAAUACAUAUGUAUGUCAAAAAGUUGACACUGUCUGAGUGUGACAAGAACUUUUGUAAUUUGUGCAAGAGCAUUAAAGUACAUAUUUAAUACGAAACAAAUACGAAACCAAUUAACUAGUUGCAAUAGAAUCCAAUCAAAUUUUUGUGCAAUGCUUAGUCACAUUUAUAAUGUAAUCCAAUUCAAGUCAAUGUCCAAUUCAAUAAUAUAUAUGUGAAAUUGUUAACUAAUCAAGAAAGUAAAAUGUCCAAAUAAAUUACAAUAGAAUAGUCUCUAUAUACGUCUAUGUUAUUAGGUCUUACACUAACAAUGUCUACAAAAAAAAAAGAACAAGUUAAGAAACAUAUAAACAAAUAGCAACAACAAACAAACAAUUACUUUCAACUCAAUGCUUUUUUCUCUGUUUCAUCGAUAUGCUUGCUGCAAUCACUGUACAUAUGUAUUAUGUUUUGUUAAAAUAUUUUAGUCAAAUAAAUACAUUUUUAUUUUAAAUACA